AUGGGAAAGUCCGAAAUGAAGAAGGAACCUAAUAUGUUCAUGUUAUAUCGUAAAGAAAUGAUGAACCAUAGACGACCUAAUACACCAAUGACUGAAUUCAGUAAACUGGUUUCAAAAGAAUGGAAGAACUUAUCGGAUCACGAAAAAAUGAAAUGGAAAAGGAAUUAUCAAACGAGUCGUGAUAAGAAAUUGCAAAACACGGAUUCUCCGAUCGCAAUAGAAAAUGAACACAAAAGCUCCAAUUUUCUUAAUAAAGAUCUAUCAAAAAUGUUGAAAAAGGAUUGUUUUCUCACCGAGAGCCCUUCGGAAGAAUUUUUAAAUAAUAAUGAUGAUAUCAUCUCCAUCUUAUAUAACAAUUAA